AUGUUUAGCCACUAUGACAAACCAAGUAUUGGCAAGUUGUGUGAAAAGUCUGGCUUGUUUCAAAGAGCUUUAGAACACUACGAUGACUUGAAAGAUAUCAAGAGGGUCGUUGUGCACACAAACGUUUUGCCAAAUGACUGGUUAGUCUCUUAUUUUGGUCAGUUGAAUGUCCAACAAUCCAUGGCUUGCUUGAACGAAUUGUUGAGCAACAACAUUCAACAAAACUUGCAAGUCGUCAUUCAAGUUGCAACUAAGUACUCCGAUUUGCUCGGUCCAUUGAACUUGAUCAAACUUUUUGAAACAUAUAAGUGCAACGAGGGUAAGUACUACUACUUGUCAUCUAUUGUCAACUUAACUCAAGAUCCUGAUGUGGUGUUCAAGUACAUCGAAGCCGCAGCGAAGAUGAACCAGACUAAAGAAAUUGAGAGAGUUGUCAGAGACAACAACGUUUACAAUGGCGAGAAAGUCAAAAACUUUUUGAAGGAGUUUAAAUUGGAUGACCAAUUGCCAUUGAUUAUUGUUUGUGACAGAUUCAACUUCGUCCAUGAUUUGAUUUUGUACUUGUACAAGAACCAAUACUUCAAGUUUAUCGAAGUUUACGUUCAACAGGUCAACCCAGCAAACACUCCACAAGUAGUUGCAGGAUUGUUAGAUGUUGAUUGUGAUGAGAACAUCAUCAAAGGCUUGUUGAUGUCAGUUCUUGGCCGCGUUCCUUUGAAAGAAUUGGUCCAGGAAGUCGAGAAGAGAAACCGCUUGAAGAUCGUAUUGCCAUUCUUGGAGAAAACUUUGGAGGGUGGUUCGACUGACCAAGAGGUCUACAAUACUUUGGGCUAA